AUGCGUUUGUCGUCGCUGCCACCACGCUCAGCGCCUCGCCCGCUCAGCACCACCACGCUCAGCGCCUCGCCCGCUCAGCACCACCACGCUCAGCGCCUCGCCCGCUCAGCACCACCACGCUCAGCGCCUCGCCCGCUCAGCACCACGCCCGCUCAGCACCACCACACUCAGCGCCUCGCCCGCUCAGCGCCACCACACUCAGCACCACCACACUCAGCACCACGCCCGCUCAGCACCACCACACUCAGCGCCACCACGCUCAGCACCACCACGCUCAGCGCCUCGCCCGCUCAGCGCCACUACACUCAGCGCCUCGCCCGCUCAGCGCCACUACACUCAGCACCACUACACUCAGCACCACCGCGCUCAGCGCCACCACUCUCAGCACCUCGCCCGCUCAGCACCACCACGCUCAGCACCACCACGCUCAGCACCACCACUCUCAGCACCACCACGCUCAGCACCACCAUGCUCAGCGCCACCACACUCAGCACCACGCUCAGCACCGCCACUCUCAGCACCUCGCCCGCUCAGCACCACCGCGCUCAGCACCACCCCGCUCAGCACCACCACGCUCAGCGCCUCGCCCGCUCAGCGCCACUACACUCAGCACCACCACACUUAGCACUACCACGCUCAGCGUCUCGCCCGCUCAGCACCACCACACUCAGCACCACCACACUCAGCACCACCACACUCAGCACCACCGCGCUCAGCGCCACUACACUCAGCACCACCACACUCAGCACCACCACACUCAGCACCACCACACUCAGCACCACUACACUCAGCACCACCACACUCAGCACCACCACACUCAGCACCACCGCGCUCAGCACCACCGCGCUCAGCGCCACCACACUCAGCGCCACCACACUCAGCGCCACCACACUCAGCACCACCACACUCAGCACCACUACACUCAGCACCACCACACUCAGCACCACCGCACUCAGCACCACCGCGCUCAGCGCCACCACACUCAGCGCCACCACACUCAGCACCACCACACUCAGCACCACCACGCUCAGCGUCUCGCCCGCUCAGCACCACCGCCCUCAGCUCGUCACAAUAAACGAUCGCAGCAUUCGCCGUGGACCUGGUCUCUGCUUGCAAUAA